CGCGUUCUCGCCCGACCCUUAUCAACAAUGACACAGUCCAGAGAGAGGGAGAAAAUUUGAUUAUAUUUAUCAAAGGAGAAAAUCAAAUCGCACAUUCUCUAUAUAUUAUUCUUCGCACCCAUCUUCCUCACUUUUCAUCUUCUUUAUCCUUCUUUCUUUCCCUCUCCUCUCCCGUAUCUUCUAUCCUUCUCUUCCCAAUCCAAUAUUUGAAAUCCACAGAUUUGUCAAUAUCUGGCUCUCUUCCUUUUUGGUUAUCGUUGGUCGGUGUUGGUUUCAACGAUGAUGGUGAAAGAUGAGUGGAUUCGGGCAGCGAUCGCGGACGACAAUUUGGUGGUUGAGUUGUUGGUAAGGCUCAAGCAAGCCCAGGCGGCACCACCUGCUUCCAAAUAUGCCUUGCCUGCAUUUAAAUGGGGGAUACGUCAGCGGAGGUCUAAACCCAUGUUGCUACGAUGCGAAGCCAGGAGAGACGGAGAUUUCAACGUCAGUGCAAGUGGUAGUCCCACCACGCCCCUUUGUUGGAGCGGUGGUAGUAGCGACGCUUCUCCUUCCGCCGCCGCCGGUUUUGAAGAGACGAGUUCCCACGUCCGUCGCUCACCUCCUGUCGCACCUUCGAGAUCCAAGGAUGAGAGUUGUAAAGAACAUCAAGCCACAAGCCAGAACUUGAAAAGAACUAGGCUUGAUUCGAACUCGAGCUUAAUUGGUAAUGAACCAGAGAGAGUACCUUGUCCAAGACCACGAUUGUCGUCAGACUCAACCUUACCAUCUGAUGAUGACCGUGAACUGCCGUUAGAUUCUCGCAAUGCGGGCAAACUCACCUUUGUACUGCCUGAUCUAAAUAUGGUGCCUGCCGAAGACGAUUCUGAUCCCGAAAUGUUACACAGGAGUAGCUGAACAGGCAAGAGUUGAUGACUUUCAGAUUAGAUUGAAAACUCAGGUGACGGUUUGAGACACCGAGGUAAAGAUGAUCCCCUCAUCGACUUCUUGUUAUGUAAAUAAAGUAGUUGCUAUUCUUUGUAGGUGGAAACUUGUUU